AUGACCAAAGACGACUCCGGAGAGGUCCCAUCCGAAGACGACCACCAACCCCCAGAGUUCCAGAGCCCUGUCCUUGAGAGGAGGAAGAAACCCAUCGUCCACCCCUCCGCCCCUGCUCCACUCCCCAAAGACUAUGCCUUCACGUUCUUCGACCCCAACGACCCGGCGUGUCAGGAAAUCCUGUACGACCCCAUCACCACCGUCCCCGAACUCUUUGCGAUCAUCCGCCAGUGGGUACCCCAGGUCCAGCACAAGAUCGACAUAAUUGGUACCGAGAUCUUGAAGCGUGGCUGCCAUGUCAACGACCGGGACGGCCUGACUGAUAUGACCUUACUUCACUACGCUUGCAAAGCGGGAGCCCAUGGUGUUGGUGACCCGGCUGCCGCUGUGCGUCUCUCUAACCAGCUGCUGGCUUUGGGCGCCGACGUUACCCUGCGCAGCCGCUGGACCAACAUGAACGCCCUCCAUUAUGCUGCCUACUUUGACGUCCCGGAACUCAUCCGGAUCCUCCUGAAAGCCUCUAAGCCGAAAGUUCUCAACUCGAUGUGCAGCGAUUUCAACCACGGGACGGCUCUCCAUAUUGCCGCUUCCAAUCUGUGUCUCGGAGCCGUGAAGUGUCUCCUGGAACACGGAGCCAACCCCGCUGUCAGGAACAGCAAAGGCCAGGUCCCGGCGGACGUUGUGCCGGACCCGAUGGACAUGACCCUGGAUAAGGCCGAGGCCGCCAUGGUCGCCAAGGAGCUGAAGCAGUUGUUGCUGGACGCCGUGCCGCUGAGCUGCAACCUCCCCAAGGUCACGCUGCCCAACUACGACAACAUCCCCGGCAACCUCAUGCUCAUCUCGCUCGGCCUCAAGCUCGGUGACCGAGUUAUCGUGGACGGGCAGAAGGUGGGCACUUUGCGUUUCUGCGGCACGACAGAGUUUGCCAGCGGCCAGUGGAUCGGCGUGGAGCUGGACGAGCCGGACGGCAAGAAUGACGGCAGCGUGGGAGGAAUCCGUUACUUUAUCUGCCCUCCGAAGCAUGGCGUCUUUGCUUCAGUGUCCAAGAUCACCAAAGGCACUGACCAGACGCCGUCUUCAGUGACCUCGACCCCCCGUACCCCCCGGGUGGACUUCUCCCGCAUGACUGCAAAGGGCCGCAAAGAAAAGGACAAAGACAAGAAAGCUCUCAGGAAGAAGUCCUUGUCCGUUGGCAGCCUGGACCGCGAAGGGUUGAAGAUCGAAAUUGGGGACCAGGUCAUGGUGGCGGGUCAGAAACAGGGUAUCAUCCGCUUCUACGGGAAGACGGACUUUGCACCAGGCUACUGGUUUGGUAUCGAACUCGACAAACCCACGGGGAAGCACGACGGCUCUGUCUUUGGCGUCCGCUAUUUCACCUGCCCCCCGAAGCAUGGAGUCUUUGCCCCUCCCUCCAGAGUCCAGAGAAUUGGAGGCCCCAAGGACGCCCAGGGGGACGGCACUUCGGCCAAGAAGGUUCACCAAGUCACUAUUUCACAGCCAAAGCGCAAUUUCACGGCAGUCAGAACCCCCAAAGACAUCACAUCGGAAAACUCCAUCUCUAGGUUACUCUUCUGCUGCUGGUUCCCUUGGAUGCUGCGGGCAGAGAUGCAGUCUUAAGAGUCCCGGAGGGAGUUCUAUUCCUCCUCCUCCUCCUCCUCUUCUUCCUCCUCCUCCUCCGCUGUUCCUUGGCUCUUCAAGUAAUCAAAGACGGCUCUUCGGUUCGUUCGCUCAUCUCUCCUUCCCCGGUUCUAGUG